CAUUUCAUGCAAAAAUGUUUUUCUCUAAUUGGUUUCUUUUCACAGGGAGGAAGUUUUUAAACUCAGUUCCCCACCGUAUGUAUUCACUGCCAUGCAUGCGAUGUUUCCCUUAAUCAGCUUUAUUUUCUCCAUUUAACAGAGAUCACUCUCUUUCAUCUCUGCUAGAAAUGCUAUUUACCAAAGAAAACUCUCACUUAAGUGCAAAUGAACUAAAAAGUAAGCAGUUUGUAAAGCUGUUGUCAUUUCGUGCCUGUGAUGAGGUUGUUUGGAAAAUAUCCACUACUGGAGACAGUGAUGAAAAACCCAGAUAUGCUUAAUUUACUAAGUUAUUUACUGAACUGCUUAGCAAUUCAAACUCCUUGCAAUUGCACGGCAACAAACCUGGACAUGUGAAUAAAUUAACUGCUAAGCUUUUCCUUUUAAAGUGUCAUGCCUUUAAGCUCACGGGGCCUGAGUUGAUCUUCGCCGAUUGAUGAAGAUAUUUACUAUGAUUAGUGAAGCGAUGUAUUGCGACCUCCACAUUCCCCCUGGGCUGUUUUGGUUCGGUGGUAUAAUGCUUUUGCUGUGCAAUGUUGACCCACCAAAUUUCAGUAUUAAAAUGUUUUCUUUUAGAACAGCUCGGCAGUAAGAUUUACUUAAGUACUCAAGGAUUUUUUUCCGGAAUUGCAACAAAAGAUGUUGCGUCAUGAGGCAAACAAAUCAAACAUAUUGACAAGACUGAACUGAAAAAGGCAUACAAAUCUAAUUCAGCCAGCUAAAGAUAUUGGUUUCACUUGCCGCCUUUUCACACUGUUUUCCAGGUGAAUUUUAAGCAUAUUCAUAUGUUAUGCUAAAAUUGUGUUGUGUCUCCGAGUGUGUUCUGCUAACAAUAGGUACUAUGAGUCACAUUAACGAGAAAAACUCUACAGAAGGAUAAAAAAAUAGGUUGUAGCUUAUUUGAAUAAUCGAAUAUCGUAUCAGAAUUGUGUAUAUAGAUGGAAUAUGCAUAAUUCAUUGCCACUACAACGACCUCAAUUUGUUUUUACUAUUUUACUUAGACCAAGAGGAAAUAAAGUAAAAUUCGGUGGAAAAUAAAUUAAGAAUCCUAUUUUCGUAAACCCGCGAGGGAUUUGUAACCUUCGCCUGUACGAUUCGCUACUACGUACGAAACAUUCCUGUUUAGAAAGAGAUAUAAACGACUGGCACAUGAAAAAUAAUACACACAUCGAUAAUCCUGUUUCCAUUUUUAAGGGAGGAAGCGCUCGACUGGACAUAAAUAAGGCUUGCAAAUUUCUUUUACUUGUUUAUCUUCCACAACAAUGCAGGGAUAGGAAGCCAAUCGUGUCAAAAGUGACAUUGUGUUUGGAGUGAGGCCCUGAAGUUACGCUGUGCCGCUGGUUAGAUGCUAGAAUCGAUUGAAAUUUACUACUACUGCUACUACGACAUCCGAAACUAAACCCAACAUGUCACGGUGCUCAGAAAGGGCAGUCGACAAGUUCGAGUGAAUGCCUCGCGCGUCAGUCACUCAUUAAAUUUAUAUUCUGUCAUUCAAUACAAAGAGAACUGUAGAUCGUGGCCUUCAUGUGGGGAAACCACGAUGGUGACUGUCAUAACAGACAAGCUAAAAAAUCAAUCGCUUGAGGACCUCCCCAGCGAUGAACCCGAGAUAAAUGCAUUACAGCUCCGAGCCAUCUCUUCCCGGAAUAACCACGUUUCAGAAUGUCCUCUCGCUCACUGUCUGCGUAGAGAUGUACGACAGAUAUUUGGUCAUUCAAGGACGCGAAGUUAUCCUUCUCAUCGACCCGGACGAACAUACUGCAAUAACUGCUCUGUGACCGAUUCAUCAGCUAUGCACAGUACCACUCAGCCACCCGCAAAUAAGAAAUUAUGUUCUUCUCUGUCGCUGCCGGGGAGUACAGAGGUACAAUCGUUGUGGGCUCCGCGAGCUUCCGCGGUAUGGCAACCUGUAGAAAACUGCGGGAAAAAACCACGAUCGGUAUCAUGCCCGGACGACAAAUUUAAAUUGGCCGAGCUGCUGUGGAUAAACAACGAAGUGGAAUCUAUAUCAACACCUCCUGCCUCGCCAACACCAAGACCUGCUUCAGCAGAUGCUACCCUUGGGGAAAAACACCUUUUUAUGAAAAACGAAAGUCCAAAAUCUGAUCCUACUGGGAGUAAGAUUAACGAGAAUAGAGACUUGAACUUUAACUGGAAACCGAAUCUGUCAGGUUUGCACAGAAGCCGUUCUCAACCCUGUUUCGAUCGCAGGAAAAGUGGUGUAAAAAGAAGAAUUGAAGACGAUUUCGACUCACACAGACCUGCCUUAGACUUGGAGAAAAUGGAAGAGACGUCCUAUUUUCGUUGCCAGAACAGAAAAAAAGGACUACGGAUACCAAAAUACAUGAAUAAAAAGUGUUCAAGGGAAUUAACAAGCUACUUUGCUGAGUCUGAGAACUUCACGCUGAAACCAAUCACCUCUUCGCCUCUGUACGCUUCAGUCAGUAGUGUUAUGAUAACCCCGACUUCAUCGCCAACAAAACAGCUGGAUUCCGAGAUCGAAAUCAUUGAAGACCUCAAAGGACAAAACAAGUUAUCAGACCUCCAGAAUGACGGAUUACACAAUUUAAACCCCAAAGCUCAGGACGAAGGAAUCUUUCCUAUAGAUUACAAUUCCGACCUUGAUUUGAAUUCUAUCGAAGACGAUCUUUUUUUAGAAGAGAUGUAACUUUGGGAUGUGAAGUAUUUUAAACUUUUAAAGUUUGUAAAUGAAAUCUACGUGGACACUUUCAAAACAAACAUUAAUUUAUUAACUUGUAUUUAGAUCCCGGAGUUUUAUAAUCUCCGUGAAUAUAUCCAUGUAGAAAAACAGUUCUUGUAUAUUUUUGCAUAUAUUAAGACUACAAAACGUUGAGAACA